GUCAGUCUCUUUGCGGCAAUGGCUUUGGACUCUCACAUAGAGAAGGUCAUAUGGACGGCCGGCGAAAUCUCCGACCGUGUCGCCGAGCUCGCCGCGGAGAUCACCUCCGACUUUCCCGCUGCUUCCCCGGCCCCUGUCCUCGUCGGAGUCGCCACGGGAGCUUUCGUCUUCCUGGCCGACUUAGUCAGGCAAAUCAAGCUGCCGAUUUCAGUAGAUUUCAUCCGCGCCGAUUCCUACGGCUGCGGAACAGAGUCCGCCGGCGCUCCACGGCUGUCCCUCGACCUGAAGGCCGACGUCAGGGGAAAACACGUUAUUCUGGUGGAGGACAUUGUGGAUACGGGGAGCACACUGGCGACCCUGAUCAGCCACUUGGAGAAGAGGGGGGCGUCGUCGGUGUCGGUGUGUGCGUUUCUUGAUAAGCCGGCGAGACGGAAGGUUGAGUUUCAGGUUGUGGGUAGUGGAAAGUACUACAGAGGAUUCGAGUGUCCAGAUUACUUCGUGGUGGGGUAUGGAAUGGACUUCGCAGAAGUAUACAGGAAUUUGCCCUAUGUUGGUGUCUUGAAGCCUGAGCUCUACAGUUAGUUCAAGACUCAAACCAGUCCAACAAGCAGACCCAGUCUCUGGUUCCUCGAAGUUGCUCUGCUGGUUUAUGUUUGCAGAAAGGUCCGGAUUUUGACAGACUAAGCACAUGAUAUUUCUAUCUUUCAAUUGAUUUCCUCGAAACAGGGAAGUGUUUCGUAAUAGAGGAAGUUUUAGAUGGUACUACUUUCACUACUGGGAUAAUUAUAAUUACCAUGGAACAGAAGUAAAAGAGUUUACAGUUUCUAUCCGACUGAUACGUGAACCAAACUACUUAGUGGGGUUGUCAAAUCUUUAAACUCCGCAAUUUUCUUCCGUGGAAGAAAAGUCUUGCGAGUCCACGAUGUGGAAACUUCCAGCAUGUUCUUUGUAUGUGUCAUGAAUCAGUUGAUCCCAAUAACUCGAGUUGUUGGGAGAAGGUUAUGCUGGAUCUUAUACCACUCUCUAACACGUCCCCUCAAACGAAAGCCAACUCAUUAAUAUUUGGGGUCGUGGAGAUUCGAACACACGACCACUUGGCCAAACCAGCUCUGAUACCAUGUCAUGAACCAGUUGAUCCCAAUAACUCGAGUUGUUGGGAGAAGGUUAUGUUGGAUCUUAUACCACUCUCUAACAAUAUAUGGCAUUGAUGAUC